GGUAGGGGUUUUUACCUCGCAUUGAGGCGACAUGCAUUCGAAUGACGCGCGCCCUUUGCUGCCUGCAACCGGUAAGCCAGCCGAGAAAACAAGCAAGGCAAAAAGUGGUCAUUCAACGUCGAGUAAGGUAGCCUUCAGAUCUCGUGGCAACCCCGUCAACAUUGUUACCGAAAUAAAAAAAGAGUAAUUAGAAAUCGUCUUCCACCAUGUCCGCAACGACGAACAAUCCUGGGGCUCAUUACGAUGACAAGGGCAAGAAGACUUUUGUGCCUCUCGAGAACAACCCUGCCGUCUUCAACGACCUCGUCCACCGCCUGGGUCUCUCUUCCGAGCUCGGCUUCUACGAUGUCUAUUCCAUCGACGAGCCAGAUCUGCUCGCCUUCGUCCCACGGCCCGUGCAUGCUUUGAUAUUCAUCGUCCCUGCUCCUGUCUACUAUCGCGUCAGAGAGCAUGACGGCAGUGAAGAAAUCACAUACGACAAGGCUGGCGAGCAAGAACCUGUCAUGUGGUUCGAGCAGACCAUCGGCCAUGCCUGCGGGCUUUACUCGCUCAUACACGCCGUCGCAAACGGAAGUGCUAGGCAACAUAUCAAGCGAGACUCUCUGAUCGAUAAGAUUUUGGCUGAAGCCUUGCCGUUGAAGCGUGCCCAGCGCGCCGACAUCCUCUACAACUCCAAAGCACUUGAGGAUGCGCACAUGUCUUGUGCGGUUGGUGGCGACUCCAUUGUUCCGGAAGCUACUGAGCCCGUGGGCUACCACUUUAUCACUUUUGCCAAGGGCAAGGAUGGUCACCUGUGGGAACUGGAGGGCAGCUGGGAUCCCAUCGAUCGUGGCGUUCUAGACGACUCCGACGAUAUGCUGAGCGAGAAGGCGCUGAAGCUGGGAAUUCGGAAGUUUCUGCACGAGUGUCAAGCCACCGGGAUGAUCGAGUUCUCCAUCGUUGCUUUGGCGACGCGUCCAGAGGUCGACGAUAAUUAGAGGACGAUUGUUGGCUAUGCCGUACUUGUGCCAGCUAGAUAGUAUUUGGUGUGGUGGUGAUAAAAGUUAUGGUAUAAAAGAUCAGGGCAUCGAUAGUAUGGAGCUUAUGCGAUGGCUCGUUUGGUCGACCAAACAAAUCAGCAGCAGGCAUGAAUACGACAAGUUACCGGUAGUUGUACGAACCAAUGGCGGGUAGUGCCAUUUCAUUUGUAGCCGUUAUGCUUUGAGCUCCCAGAUCGAGCAGUCGUACUAUUUUUCUCCUCUGUGUUGUUUUCCCCAAGUCAGAUAUGCUGUAGUUAGGUAUGUUGAGGUGCCUGC